ACAUGCUAUGGUUUUUUUAUUGAACAAGGUUUCCAGCUUUUUCGUGAUGUUUGGUAGGGAAAUUAUGGGUUUUAAGUUAAAUAGAUGUACAUGGGAAGCAUUUGGUACCAGAAUGGAGAAAGCUAAAAUACAUCAGUCCACUAAGUGGAAGAUUAAUAUGUUUUAGCAUGCUUAUAUAUUGAUUAGAUGUUUCAGGUAUGAUAUUUGGAUAAUUUUUUCAUUUUUUAAUUAAACAGAAUAUUACAUAUGCAAGGGAAAACAAUUUGAAGCUUGUGUGGUUAGGUCUUAAUGUAUGAAACCUCCAUAAACUUUAUUUCUUUACCGAUAAAAAAAAUUUAUCACAAAAUUUAGCUGCCUCAUGGUGGUCAGGUUCAAGUUGUAAAUUCAAUAUUUCUAGUUAACGACCAAUUUCUCAUUGUGAAUAAAUACAUAGUAAAAAAAACUAUACACUGUCAUGGCAUUUUCUGAUUGUUUAGGAGGUAAUGUAGCUUAUAUUUUCUUUCACACUUUGGACAUCCCCGCGAAGUUGGGGGGGGGGGGGGGGAUGAAACUUUGGUGGAGUUGUAUACAGAUAUGGGUGAAACAUACUUUUCACUCAAUGGUAAUAUCGAUUAUAUUUAAAUGUACAGUAUUUACCAUUUCAAUUGGUAAUGUCUUUGGCAUGAAUUAAUGUUAGGACAUGACCCCGGAAUGUGGUUAUACUCACAGCUGAUUUUGCUCUAAAACCUCCGGUCCACUAAAGUUUUUUAUCUUUUGAUACUGCCUCAUGGAAAGUGGAAUGAUGUUUUGAAUGAUUGUGUACCAGAGCUGAGUUUUUUGAUUUAGGUUACUAGAUCUUUGGUAAGCAGAUUUCAAGCAGCUCCUGGAUUUGAGUCACUAUUUUCUUAUGCGUGAUCAUUGAUUUCUUUUCGAUACCUUCAUGACAGUUUGUCACAGUAUUAUCUGCACGAUCUUUUAGUUUUGCUUGUUUAUAAAAAUAUAUAUUCCAAACAAACAAAGAACAGGUGGUUGCAGGAAAAACCUUUUAACAAUUUUUUUACUGACAGCAUUAUUUCAAUUACCAUCACCAAGCUUGAUUGCUUUUUAGUCACUGCUUGAUGCGAGAUCUUUGGUGAGGGACUAUUCUGCAUGCUCUUGUUCUACUAGCUGCCAAAUUUGUUUGCCAUAAGCCUUCUUGACCAACACACAUUUCUACUUCUGCAUUCAGCAGCCACUUAUAGUUUUGGAGUACAUAAACAAUGAUUACUUGGAUACGAGGAAGUUUCAAUACUUGGGUUCUUCCACCUGCCUUAAAAAACAAUUAUUAAUUGUGUUAAAGAAUACUUGCAUGUCAGGCCGAGAUCAGCUCAGCGGUAGAAAGAAAGGGCAAGACACUUGUAGGAGACAAAAGACCUGAGCUGACAUUGGGAGAGUUGGAGGGGGUCUUGUGGGAUGUCAAAUCUCAAUUGAAGGGAGUUAUGGAUUAUGUAAGAGAUCUAAUGAUUAAAGUGUACAAGGGGCUGAACCUAGUUGUGGGUUCAAGUGUGUUGACAAGUGUGCCGGAAAGUGUGCAUGCAAAGGGUGUGUCAACGAUAGGGUCGUUGGAUGCUGGCAUCUUUGUUCAUGCCAGUGUCACUAUGCCUUCUAAGGGAGCUGUAGGGUCUCAGGCACUAGUUGCAGAUGAAGUUGGUCCUUCUAUCCAGGGUUCAUUUAUAGUUGAAGACGGGGAUCCCUCCAAGUUCUUGAGUAUUUUGGAAGAAACAGUCAAGCCUCUUUUAGAAGAUUCAAACGGGGUAACAGAAGGUAGUGCUUCCCUUCUUGAUGGAGGGGAGGAACCUGUAAUGGUAACAGAUGGAGGGGACAACAACCAUAUAGCUGUCGAGCAACCAUUUGGCGGGAAGGAAAUUAUCGAUUUGUCAUUGGUGUCUCGUGUGGGGGAAGGUUUAGAGUCGGGAGUGCAGUCGGGCACUAUGGCUGGGGAUAAUGUUGUUCCCCUAGUUUCUCUUCCUCCGAUUAACGAUAUAGCGGGUUUAACAUCGGAUUGGAUUCUGAAUAAAGAUAACGGGUUUCUACAAACCUUGGGACUUUCAUAUGGAGAAGAGGGAGAAUAUGAAGACCAAUUUAAAAUACUACUCACUGCAAUUGAGGCGAGCCACACGCUUGAAACCAAAUCUAAGUUUAAAAAAAGUAGAGAGUUAAAGAAUCUUUCAUGGGCAAUUAACUACGAUGUUAAGGGAGGUAGCUCAAGUCGAGGGAUGGCUAAAGGGAGAGCUUUGUGAAGACGUUCUUGUAGUGGGAUGUUCAGGUUGAGGAUUAGUUUUACGGAAUCUAGGGGAUGGGGUCGGGGAGGUGUAACGAUAGUUUUCCAAUUCGGGCUUGGUGUAUUUUGAGUAGGUUUUCAUGGGCUUUUGGGUCAUUAGGGACUGUCUUGUAUGGGCGGGCUAGGUGUUUUCUUGUAUACGUCCAAUGUACUUAGUUAUUCCUAUUGAUAUAUAUAUAUAUAUAUAUAUAUAUAAUAUUAUUACUUAUCAAAAAAAAAAAAAAAAGAAUGCUUGCAUAGAAAUGGUUACACAUGCAUUAUGCACAUGUUUGUAGUUAGACCCUGAUAUAUUCAUAUAUAGCCACAAAUAGGCUUGAAAAGAACUGAUAGAUAUUUUGUUAGGAAUUAUCUUGUUAAUGUUUUUUAUUUUUGUGUACAAACUAAUAUAAAACUGUGAGAGCAAUACAUGCAGGGAAAAUAACACUUCUAGCUGAGGGCUGUCGAGGAUCAUUAUCAGAG